UGCUUAAACAUGCCACGCAAGCAGCAGAGACAGACAAGCAGGAGAAGCUGAGUUUCCCCUCUGGAUUGCUGCCGUGCCGGGUCUGGAGAAGAGGGGAUUGGCCUUGACUGCUGGCUGCCUGCUGCCACGUACCUGAAGGUAAGCAGCUAAAACAGGCACACUGGAAGAUGAACAAGAUCCGGAAGUUUUUUCGAGGGAGUGGGAGAGCCCUGGCUUUCAUCUUUGUUGCAUCUGUCAUUUGGUUGCUCUUUGACAUGGCAGCCCUCCGCCUCUCAUUCAGUGAAGUUAAUACCAGAGUCCUCAAAGAAGACUUCAUUCAGAGAGAGAGGUUCAAAGUUCUGCGAGACCAAGGGAUUCUCCCUCCCAGGAGCACUGGGCAGCAGAUCCAAGUUCCCAGCAGGAUCUACAGAAAGGAAAAAUAUAGGAGGAUAGAAGAGGAACGGGGGAAAGCUGAUGAUUUAGACCAACCCAAGGUUGGAAAAGAACUGUUCAAAGGUGCAGAUAGAGGCAGCCCAACAACUAGAAUAGGUUUAAAUAAAGUGGUUGUGCCUUUGAAGAGUGACCCAGGACAUCUGCUGAGCCCAAAGCCCUCUCUUUCCACGCAAGAGGGACAGGGGGGAAAUCAAGUCAAAAUUAGUAAUUUAAAUAGGGUGGCAAGUGUAAAAUAUACAGUUUCCCACAUACCCCAGCAGACUCCACCAGCCACUACCUUAGCACCAGGAAAUGCAGCUGUCAAACUCUCAAACAAGGUCCCUCCUGAAAAAAAACUAUCUCCACUAGGAGGGAAACUUACACCCGCAUCAAAGCACACCACUGUGGGAGACCUGAUAAUGGGGGCCACCCUGAAAUAUCCCCCACCUGAAUUAAACCUAGAUCUGCUAACUGAGGGAGUUGUAAAAAAAUCCCCACCUUCCCCAUCCAUGCCCAGAGCUGAGGAAACCAUGUUCCUAAAGAAAAGCCAGGCUCAGUUGAAGGGAAGAAAUCAAAAUGAACGUAUAGCCAGGAAAAACUGGAGUUUCCCCAUCACGGAGCUCAUGCCAAACCCAGAUCACCCUCAAACCCUCUCUGCCAAUGAAACAGGGCUAGGGCUCCAUCUUAAGGAAGACGGGACCAGAGAGGGUCGUGGGAAGGUACACAAUGACUCUGAGAGUCCCAUUGUGAUUAUUACAAAGGAGCAGUUGGAAACAGAUAUCCCAGGCCUCCCUAACUCCAAAGCCUAUUUUAAAGUCUCCCUCACAGAGAUUUCAGAAAAGAUCCGAGGAACCCCCGCUCCCAGGAACAAAAGCGAAGAGGCUUUGCCUUUAAACAUCUCACUUGAGGCUGCCAGGUUUCAGACCCGCCAAACUUUGGUUCGAAGUGCAGCGCUCAUCAAGGCCCAUUUAGCUACCGAGAAUCCAUCUAGGGAACAGAACCGGAGCCUCAAGAACAUCUAUUCACCUCAAGAUCCUGGAAUGCACAAAGUCCUCACUCUCGAUGUGACCCUGUCUCCAAGGGACCCCAACGCUCUGGGCCAGUUUGGGCAUGCUGCAGUCGUUCCUGCAGAGAAGAAGGAGAGUGCCAAGAAGAGGUGGAAAGAGGGAAACUUCAAUGUCUAUCUGAGCGAUCUGAUCCCAGUAGACAGAGCCAUUGAGGACACAAGACCUAAUGGGUGUGCUGAGCAGUGGGUUCAUAACGACCUCCCGACCACCACAAUCAUCAUAUGCUUCGUGGAUGAGGUUUGGUCCACUCUUCUACGCUCCGUCCACAGCGUUCUCAAUCGUUCUCCUCCCCACUUGAUUCAAGAGAUUAUCCUAGUGGAUGACUUCAGCACUAAAGAACACCUUAAAGACAAUUUAGACAAGUAUAUGUCACAAUUUCCAAAAGUUCGUCUACUUCACCUCAAAGAACGCCAUGGAUUAAUAAGAGCCAGACUUGCUGGUGCACAGAUUGCCACAGGUGAUGUGUUGACAUUUUUAGAUUCUCACGUGGAAUGUAAUGUUGGGUGGCUGGAACCCCUGCUAGAAAGAGUCCGUAUACACAGAAAGAAAGUAGCCUGUCCAGUGAUUGAAGUCAUUAGUGACAAGGAUCUGAGUUACCAGACAGUGGACAGCUUUCAAAGAGGUAUCUUCACGUGGCCCAUGAAUUUUGGCUGGAAAUCAAUUUCUCCAGAAGAAAUUGAGAAAAAUAAAAUGAAGGAAACAGACAUCAUAAGGUGUCCAGUCAUGGCAGGUGGACUGUUUUCUAUUGACAAAAAAUACUUUUAUGAACUUGGAACAUAUGAUCCUGGACUCGAUGUUUGGGGUGGUGAAAAUAUGGAGAUUUCAUUUAAGGUGUGGAUGUGCGGGGGAGAAAUCGAAAUUGUUCCCUGCUCCCGAGUGGGGCACAUAUUUAGGAAUGAUAAUCCAUACUCCUUCCCCAAAGACCGGGUAAGAACAGUGGAGCGGAACCUGGUUCGGGUGGCAGAGGUCUGGCUGGAUGAAUACAAAGACCUUUUCUAUGGUCACGGUUUGCACCUCCUGGAGAGACGUUCGGCUAUCGGAAACCUAACCCAACAAAAAGAACUCCGGAAGAAAUUACAGUGUAAAAGCUUCAGAUGGUACCUGGAAAAUGUCUUCCCUGACUUGGAGGCUCCUGUUGUGAGAGCAAGUGGGGUGCUCAUUAAUGCAGCCUUGGGAAAAUGCAUUUCCCUAGGGAAUGACACUGUGGUUACGGAGGACUGCGAUCUAAACAGCAAGACCCAACAAUUCAAUUAUACCUGGUUAAGAUUUAUUAAGCAUGAAGACCGGUGCCUAGCUCCUCUCUCUGCUAAAGAAAUCCUGGGUCUGUACCCUUGUGAUAACAGAAACAAAGGAUUGAAAUGGCUGCAUAAAUCACUGGUUGCCCUUCGUCCAGAACUCAUGGAUCACAUUGUUGUGGCAAACAUUAAGAAGCCGGUGUGCUGGGAAGCAAACCACAAUCAUAAUACCCUAAAGAUUACUGCUUGUGACUCCAUGAAUCCAUAUCAGAAGUGGAAAUUUGAAAAAUACUAUGUGGACUGAAGAGGAGCUAGUCAAAGUCAAAAUCCAGCCUUCUUUCUAAUCCUCUAAACUCACUAAAAGCACUUGAGACAACAAAAACAAAAUGUGUUUACAUUUACAAAUGGGGGUAGAAUCCCAUGGCAUUUUAAAGGGAGGAGAGAGCAAAAUUCCCAAUUCCAGAUGGUUUCUUGCAGCACAAGGCAGCCCAGACAGUUUUCAACUUUGUGCUGAGAUCUUUCUUAACUAUUUGGCUACACUUAGCAUAGUCUCCCUCACCCACAGAUCUUCUUCAGCGAUUUCCAAAGCUGCUUCAUGAACUGGUCAGAUAACCAGUCCUUGAGUCUUUAACAAUUCAGUGACAUGCCAGGUACCAUUUACAUAAGCACUGCUCUCUUAGCAAUUGAGUGGCUUGUAAUCCUGGGUACCCUUAGGCAACUAUUUGGAAGUAUUAAAAUAAUGGGUCUUAGUUUCCAAUGUGCUUUUUCUAAAACAUAAUCUGCCUUCAAGCUUCUGGCUGGUGCUAGCCAAGAAGUUCAUAAUUCACUAUUGAGGU